ACCAAUCACAAAUCUCUAUCAAAGGAAGCUCUCCUCACGAACACACAGUUUUCUCUCUGUUCUUCCAUUAACAUUACCACAAACUCCACACAUUCAACCAAAAUCCAGUGUCAAUGAACCAAGCAGAACUUACUACUGAGCAGGUACUUAAGAGGGAUAUCCCAUGGGAGACCUAUAUGAUGACGAAGCUGAUCUCAGGGUCCGAUCUUCAACUUCUGAGGCGUUAUGAUAAUCGAUCUGAAAGUCAUAGGGCCCAAUUGCUGGACGAUGACGGCCCAGCUUAUGCUUCGGUAUUUGUUAGCAUCUUACGAGAUAUAUUUAAGGAAGAAACAGUUGAAUAUGUUCUUGCUUUAAUUGAUGAAAUGUUAACAGCUAAUCCUAGAAGAGCUAGACUAUUCCAUGAUAAGUCUCUUGCAAAUGAGGACCCUUAUGAACCUUUUUUCAGGUUGCUCUGGAAAGGUAAUUGGUACAUACAAGAAAAGAGCUGCAAGAUACUUUCCUUGAUAGUAAGUGCUAGGCCAAAAACUCAAGAUGGCACUGUUGCAAAUGGAGAAGCCUCAAAUUCAAAGAGAAAAGGUGCAACCAUCGACGAUGUGUUGAAAGGAUUGGUUGAGUGGCUUUGUUCUCAGCUGAAGAAGCCUUCUCAUCCUAGUCGCGGCGUUCCAACUGCUAUUAGCUGCCUAGCAACAUUACUUAAGGAACCAGUAGUCAGGUCUUCAUUUGUUCAAGCAGAUGGAGUGAAACUGCUGAUUCCUCUAAUUUCUCCUGCUUCUACCCAGCAAUCAAUCCAGAUUCUUUACGAAACAUGCCUCUGUAUCUGGUUAUUAUCUUUUUAUGAACCGGCAAUUGAAUACUUGGCUACUUCUAGAACCUUGCCGCGACUAAUAGAUGUUGUAAAGAGUUCCACAAAAGAAAAGGUGGUAAGGGUGAUUGUCUUGACCUUUAAGAAUUUGCUUUCUAAAGGCACUUUUGGUGCACAGAUGGUAGACCUUGGCCUACCACAAACUGUUCAAAGUUUAAAAACUCAAGCAUGGAGCGAUGAGGACUUGUUGGAGGCUCUAAACCAAUUGGAAGAAGGCCUGAGGAUUAACAUUAAGAAACUGAGUUCUUUCGACAAGUAUAAGCAAGAAGUCCUCCUUGGGCAUCUUGACUGGACUCCUAUGCACAAAGAUCCUAUAUUCUGGCGUGAAAAUAUAAACAGUUUUGAAGAUAAUGAUUUCCAGAUUCUGAGGGUUCUUAUUACGAUUUUGGAGACAUCCAGUGAUUCAAGAGCCUUGGCCGUUGCUUGCUUUGAUCUCUCACAGUUCAUCCAGACCCAUCCUGCUGGUCGGAUUAUAGUUGCAGAUUUGAAGGCUAAGGAAAGGGUGAUGAAGCUCAUGAAUCAUGAAAAUGCUGAAGUCACCAAAAAUGCCUUACUGUGUAUUCAACGGCUUUUCCUCGGUGCCAAGUAUGCAAGUUUUUUGCAGGUCUAAUUAUUUUGCCAGCAAGUGUGUUGUAAUAUGGAUCCUGAAGUCACUAGACCAUGCAGUUGUGGGAAAACUGAAGAGUUGGUCUGUUCAACCAAAGUAUCGAAUAUUAUUUAAAUUCCGAGGUAUUUAUUUAUUUAUUUAAUUCGGUGUGUAUAUACGCUUUUUGAUAUCCUUGAUUGAUCAAUAAUGCCGGGAAAUUGUUUUAGCUUUCAUUUCAUUGGAUUUUCCUGUUUAUCUUGGUUACAGCUGAGAAACAUGUAUAAGUUGAUAUGCUAUAACGGUUAUUUGUGCUACAAAUUCUUUGGUUC